AUGGCGUUCCAUAAAAUCAUUGGUUUACUUGACCUCCACUGUCACCACACCGUCAUUGGUUUACUUGACCACCACAGUCACCACACCGUCAUUGGUUUACUUGACCUCCAAGGUCACCACGCCGUCAUUGGUUUACUUGACCUCCACAGUCACCAUGCCGUCAUUGGUUUACUUGACCUCCACAGUUACCACACUGUCAUUGGUUUACUUGACCCCCACUGUCACCACGCCGUCAUUGGUUUACUUGCCCUCCACUGUCACCACGCCGUCAUUGGUUUACUUGACCUCCACAGUCACCAUGCCGUCAUUGGUUUACUUGACCUCCACUGUCUCCACACCGUCAUUGGUUUACUUGACCUCAACUGUCACCACGCCGUCAUUGGUUUACUUGCCCUCCACUGUCACCACACCGUCAUUGGUUUACUUGACCACCACAGUCACCACACCGCCAUUGGUUUACUUGACCUCCAAUGUCACCACGCCGUCAUUGGUUUACUUGACCUCCACAGUUACCACACUGUCAUUGGUUUACUUGACCCCCACUGUCACCACGCCGUCAUUGGUUUACUUGACCUCCACUGUCACCCCACCGUCAUUGGUUUACUUGACCUCCACUGUCUCCACACCGUCAUUGGUUUACUUGACCUCCAAUGUCACCACGCCGUCAUUGGUUUACUUGACCUCCACAGUCACCAUGCAGUCAUUGGUUUACUUGACCUCCACUGUCACCACACCGUCAUUGGUUUACUUGACCUCCACUGUCACCACGUCGUCAUUGCUUUAACUUGA